UAACAAGAAUAAUAUUUUUGUCUGCUGCAGCAGCACAGCAUUCCUCCGCACUUGCCCCAAAUAAAAUUAAAAUCCGUUAAAUCACUAGUUAAAUCACAUCUAACGUACUCUUUACCGAUCUCAUCUGAGAUCCACAACAAUGGCGAUGGUGAGAGCAAGCUCUGGCCUCGCAUAUCCUGAUCGCUUCUACGCCGCUGCUACUUACGCCGGAUUCGGUUCAUCUUCCAACGCUGUCACCUCCAAAUUCUCAAACGACGUCGCUCUCUUGCUUUACGCCCUCUAUCAGCAGGCAACUGUUGGACCAUGUAACGUACCAAAACCAAGAAGUUGGAGUCCAGUGGAACAAAGCAAAUGGACAAGUUGGAAUGGUCUUGGAAACAUGGCUUCCAGUGAAGCAAUGCGCCUUUUUGUAAAAAUAUUAGAGGAAGAAGAUCCAGGAUGGUAUUCAAGGAUAUCUGACUUUAUUCCAGAGCCUGUUGUAGACGUAGAGAUGAAUCAUAAUUCAAAGGCGGAUUUACCCACGGAGAAUGAAAUAACUUUGCCGGAAAUGAAAACUAUCCCAACCGAGAACGGGAAUUCUGUUGAUAAAGAUGUAACGGAGGAAGUAGUUGGUUCUGUUGGUGUGUAUGACCAAUGGGUUGCACCCUCGGUAUCUGGUCCACGUCCAAAGCCCCGAUAUGAGCAUGCAGCAACUGUCAUUGACGAUAAAAUGUAUAUAUUUGGUGGAAAUCAUAAUGGCCGUUAUCUUAAUGAUCUUCAGAUACUUGAUUUACGGAAUUGGACAUGGUCAAAGGUUGAGGUCAAAGCAAAUUCUGGGGAUACAGGGAGAGUAACUCCUUGUGCUGGGCAUUCUUUGAUACCAUGGGAAGGAAAUAAGCUUAUAUCAAUUGCAGGGCAUUCAAAGGAUGCUUCUGAAGCUAUCAAUGUGAAGGCGUUUGAUUUGCAAACAUAUUCCUGGUCAAACAUGAAGACCUAUGGAAAACCUCCGGUUUCACGUGGAGGUCAGUCAGUUACACUUGUGGGGAAUACCUUAGUCAUAUUUGGUGGUCAAGAUGGAAACAGAACUCUCUUGAAUGAUCUGCACAUUUUAGACUUUGAAACAAUGACCUGGGACGAGAUUGACACAAUAGGUGUGUCACCUUCUCCAAGGGCUGACCAUGCUGCUGCAGUACAUGCAGAGCGUUAUCUUCUUAUAUUUGGUGGUGGCACACAUUCAACCUGUUUCAAUGAUCUUCAUGUCCUUGAUUUGAAAACUAUGGAAUGGUCAAAACCAAGUCAACAAGGAGAGAUACCAAGUCCACGAGCUGGCCAUGCUGGCGUGACAAUUGGAGAGAGUUGGUUCAUUGUUGGUGGAGGAGAUAACAAGAGUGGAGUUUCAGAAACUGUUGUUCUUAACAUGUCUACUCUAUCUUGGUCAGUUGUAACGACUGUUCAAGGACGUGUUCCUCUUGCUAGCGAGGGGUUGAGUUUGGUGUUAAGCUCCUACAAUGGUGAAGACAUUUUAGUAUCUUUUGGAGGAUACAAUGGGCGAUACAAUAAUGAGGUCAAUUUACUCAAACCCAGCUACAAAUCAACCUUGCAAACAACUGGGUCAGGAGUACCUGCCCUAGAUAGUGCUUCUGGUGCACAGAAUGCGACAAACGGCACUAGAGAUGUUGAUUUAGAGUUUGAAGCUGGUCAAGAAGCAAAAGUCAGGGAAAUCAGCAUGGAAAAUAAUGAGCUGCAGACAAGUGAAGUUAAUGAAGUGAGUGAGAGUACCCUAGCUGCCCUGAAGGCCGAAAAGGAAGAACUAGAGUCGGCCCUAAGCAACGAAAAGUCACAAUCAAAUGAGCUAAAGCAACAACUGAUAGAAGCCGAAUCCAAGAACUCAGACUUGUACAAGGAACUCCAGUCUCUACGUGUUCAGCUUGCGGCAGAGCAGUCAAGAUGUUUCAAACUGGAGGUAAAUGUUGCCGAGCUUAGACAAAAGCUACAAACAAUGGACGCCUUACAGAAAGAAGUUGAAAUCUUGCAAAGACAAAAGGCAGCAUCGGAAGAAGCUUAUGCAAAACAAAAACAAAGUUCAGGAGGUGUGUGGGGAUGGCUAGCCGGGACACCGCCUCCAACCGAUGCCUGAUUACAUGAAACAAAUAGAUACAUAGUGUUUUUCAAAAUUAAAAUCCCUUUGAAAUUCAUUUUCCAUAAAAACCCUCUUUCUUUCAUCUCUCCACCAUUGUUUGAUUUGUCACAAAGAGAAGAUAGCUUAAUGGUGCUUCUGUAUCGUUUUGUUUUGUUUGGGAUUCUGAACUCAAAAGUUAAAUAUUUGUUGAGGUUGAAGAUAGGAUUGCAUUGUUUUAGACUAAUGAUGCCAUAUAGCCAUGGUUAUAUUGUGUGCCUUUAUUCUGUUGUACAUGGUUUCACAUGAGAAGUUGUUGAAACCUGUAAUUUACUUAAAAGUCUAAUGCAUGAUGUUGUAAUGGUGAAUGGAUUAACGUAUCGAGUUUCAA